UUAUCGCCAUUUUGAGUCAAACGUGCCAUGCUCAACAGUGAGCGCAGUGUUUAUCUAACAGUCACACAACAAUGCUGCAACGAUUGUGCAGGCCACAAAUUCUCAAAUUUCCACUGUCAUAUUGUGUGGGGAGCAGUCGGCGAUAUGCAUCAACACAAGCUGUCACACAACCUGUAACGUCAACAACAACAACAACGAAAACAGGGAAAUCAUCUGCUUUGGAUGCCGGCUUUACGGAAUGGCGCCCCAUCUAUAGAUUGCCAUUAAUACGUCUAGUAGCUGCCUUUAAUAGGCUCAAGAUCUAUCAGGCUUUUGUCACAGUGGCUGGAACGCCGGUGGCCAUUGCCCUGGAGAGUGCUGGUCAAGUGUCAGGUGAUGUGCUGGGCAUUUAUGCAGCCAUUGGUGUUUCGGGUCUGAUGACGCUCUCACUGGCCAGCUAUGUGUCCACCAAUAUAAUUGGUUUCAUCUACAUCAACGAUCAUCAGGAUCAGUUGAAGCUGGCCUAUGUGGACUUCUGGGGACGCCGCAAGGAACUGCUGGUCGAUAUUGAAGAUUUGCUACCGGACUGGGAGCCAAAGAGCCGCAGGCGUCUUGGCUUUUAUCAACCAAUUUGCCUGCGUACCGAUAAGAAGCAGCGUUACAAGUUGCUCCAUCGUUUCGGGGUCAUCACUGAUCCGCUUUUAUUUGAGGGUCUGUUUGGGCAAUAAUAUUUGCUUAUAGUUAUUU